AUUCAAAAAUAGAGAUGGACUUCAAUGAUGAAGUGAAGGGCGAAAUAGUUCCAAGCUAUAAACGUUGUUGUUAAGUAGUGAUAAGCCGCUAAUCUUGUAUUACUCCGCUUUGAUUGGAACCAGCAAUGUUGGCUGUCGUCUAAAAUUUACCCAAGUUUAAGGACCAACCAAUGAAACUGAUAAUCUUUGGGAUUAUCUUGAAUUAACAUUAUCAUAACAGCAAAGCAAGAAUCUUGUUGAAUGUUCUCUGCUUAGAGACGAUGGACAGCACUGGAUUACAACACCUUGAUUGGGUUAAUUACCACCACAUAUCGGAAAAUCUCCAUUUAAACAACACCAUUAAGGAUUAUUCCGAUGGGAAUGAACUAGACCAACAAAACCUCAACAUACUGGAAUCUGACGAGAAUUCCUGUGACAGACUCGAAAACAGCACAACUUUAACCAAUGACGGCGAUAAUGAAUUGUGGGACUCAAAUUCUGGAUUCCAAGAACUGAAGAAUUCCUAUAACAACAACAUCACUUCAGAAGAUUUUCCCAGAAUAGAUUCUCCCAAAUCUGACGGCAUAUUCGACGAAGAAGACCCACAACAACUGUCUGACCUCACCAAACCUACAGAUCUGAAAUAUGACUUGUCCUGCCUCCACCUCUCGGACAGAGGCUCUCAGUUCAGGCGUAUCAGAGAUGCUGAAUGUGAAUCUGUAUCAUCUGAUUAUUCUGAAGUUGUUGGGCCGCUCCGAGACCUUGCCGACAACGAAAUAGAGAUCUUUAAUUCCAAUGAUUUAGAGGAAACCAUUAUUAGUGAGAAAUGUAAUAGCUUCAGUACGAGGUCUGAGACUCUGCAACAAAAUCCUGAUGAAACUGACGAAGAAUUCCACAAAAGAGUGAAGAAGGUAAACUUCCUGAGUUUGGCUCAAGAAUUUGCCGAACUGAAGAAGAUCGAUGCUGAUGUUCUGCCGUUUGAUCUCCACAAGACUGAUUUCUCUGACUACAGCCCAAUGAGCGAAGAAAGCUCCUUCACUGAAUCCACUAUGACCUCUCCGGCCGAUUUGGCAGAAACUCCGACAGACUCCUACGAUUUUGUGAGGGAUGAAAAUUCAAACGAACUCGAUACGGUCGACUGCUGUGACACAGAAGGUUUGCAGAGUGGCGGUCGUCUUUAUAAAACCGACUCUGCUGCCAAUUCGUAUAAACCUAAUUUCAGCGAUCUGAAUAAUCUGGAUGUUGAUGUUGUAGCGAACUCAAAACAUGGCAAACCGAACUUUACAACAUGGGAAAAUAAGCAAAAGAAAAACGGCGAAGUAAAGAAUGAUUCAACCGGCGCUCAAGAUUGUGGAAUAUAUGAUAUCGAGGAUACUUUGCCAAAAAUGGACUGGGAGACUCUUGAGCAACAGUUAGCUCUGGUGGUCGAAGAAAAGUCACACUGCAAUGAUCGGGAAGAAAUUCGCCGUAAGUUGGCCAUGGGAGGGGACGAAGACCUCUACAACACCGACCGUCUCUACAAGAAAGCCAACGCACAGUCGCGUUAUUCGACUGGGAUGAAUCUGCAACUAUGCUUUAUGAGCGAGAAAGCCGCUACCGCCAAUCCUGGCGAAGCCGAUAUUGGUCCAACCGAACCAGCAUCUUCCUCCAUCGAAAACGUGGCUAGCCAACAAAAGUUGCCCAGUUCAUCGAGUUACAGGAAUUUCUCCGAUCUGAAGUCUAACUGGUCGAGGCAUCUCAGAGACCACAACAUGCAGCAAGUUGCUCCCCCAAAACCUCCCAGGAAGAAAGUGGAUGCCGAGAGCGAAGAAGAAGACUUCUUCAAAAAACAGGCUCAGUUACAAGAAGAGGCCAAAUUAGCUCUCGCUCAGGCAAGCACCAUGGCACACAUGCAGUUGGAAGUUGAAAAACAGAUGAAGAAAAAGUCACCCAUUGCUGAAAUGGUUGGGAUACCAGGAUUCGGUGAUGGACGACAGAAACGACUGGAGCGGAAACUUCUUCUUGAUAUGAAUGUUGCUCAGUUACAAGUCAUUGUCAAUGACUUACUUUCUCAAAUUAAAAGUCUCAAUGAAGAUUUGGUUCAGAUGUUAUUAGACAGAGAUGACCUUCACAUGGAACAGGAUUCAAUGCUGGUCGAUAUUGAAGACCUGACACGGAGAACUCAAGAAUUUGCCAAAAAAAUUAACUCCAAACAGAAAAAAGACAAGAAGAAAUAGUUAGUAUUCUUCUUCUUCUUCUUCUUCUUCUUCUUCUAGUUUAUCCCAUCCCCUUCCAACUU